GUAGCUAAAGUAGUUAUUUAUGACCCGUGACUUUUUAUUUUAUCUAUGUACUGAAACGUACUUUUGUCGUCCGUCUUCUCUGCAGCGGUCGCGGAAUCCUGCGCAGAAAGAUUCGCCCAUCGCCCACUGGCCACUGCGCACUGGGCACGGACUGGCAGGCGAAGAACCUAAGCAGAACCUACCAUGUCACCGGCGGCGAGGCGCAUCCUGCUCGCCGUCGCCGCCCGUCGCCGCCGCUUCUCCACGGACGCAGCGGCGUCGGACCCGUCCCGGGCGUCGCAGCAGCUGCCCAGGGGCAAGCGAUGGGAUGCGGUGGUGAUCGGCGGCGGCCACAACGGCCUCGUCGCGGCCGCCUACCUCGCCCGCGCUGGCCGCUCCGUCGCCGUGCUGGAGCGCCGGGGCGUCCUGGGUGGCGCGGCGGUCUCGGAGUCGGACCUUGUCCCCGGAUUCCGCUUCUCCCGCUGCAGCUACCUCCUCAGCCUCCUUCGCCCCGCCAUCCUCCGCGACCUGGAGCUGGAGAGGCACGGGCUGAAGCUGCUGCCGCGGAGCCCUUCGUCGUUUACGCCAUGCCUUGACGGCAGAUACCUGCUUCUUGGCCCCGAUGCUGAGCUAAACUACUCAGAGAUCAGCAAGUUCUCUAGGAAGGAUGCAGUGGCAUACCCAAGAUACGAGGAGAAGCUGGAGAACUUCUGCAAGCUCAUGGACUUUGUCAUAGACUCAGCUCCACCCGAGCUGAGGCAGGAGGCCCACUUCUCGAUGGUUGACAGGAUGAAGCAUAGGGUUGAGAAGUCAGCAUUCUGGGGCCACCUUCUUCGGCAUGUGAUGCAGCAGGGGCAGAAGAACAUGGUGGAAUUCUUUGACCUACUCCUUUCUCCGGCAUCGAAAAUCUUGAACACCUGGUUUGAGAGUGAGGUUUUGAAGGCCACUCUUGCAACUGACGCCGUGAUAGGAGCUAUGGCUGGUGUGCACACUCCAGGUUCUGGAUAUGUUCUUCUACACCAUGUCAUGGGGGAGACUGGUGGUCAGCGUGGUGUUUGGGCGUAUGUCCAAGGUGGUAUGGGUUCAGUGUCAUCAGCUAUAAGCAAAGCAGCUCUUGAAGCAGGAGUGCAGAUUGUAACAAAUGCCGAGGUUUCCCAAGUAAUGGUUAAUGAAACUAGUGGAAUGGUAGAAGGGGUAGCUUUGGUUGAUGGAACAGAGGUGCACUCGCCAGUUGUUCUCUCAAAUGCCACACCAUACAAAACAUUUGUGGACCUAGUACCUUCUAGUGUUCUUCCGGAGGACUUCCUCUGUGCAAUUAAGGCAGCAGAUUACAGCUCUGCAACAACAAAGAUUAAUGUGGCUGUCGACAGACUGCCACAGUUCCAGUGUUGCAACACCAAUCUUGAAGGUGGCCCAGAGCACAUGGGCACAAUACACAUUGGGUCCGAAAGCAUGGAGGAAAUUGACGUUGCAUACAGGGAAGCAGCAGACGGCAUCUCGUCCAAAAGACCUGUUAUAGAAAUGACAAUUCCUUCUGUUUUGGAUAAGACCAUCUCUCCGCCAGGUCAGCAUGUUAUUAAUCUCUUUGUUCAGUACACACCCUACAAACUUUCAGAAGGCAGCUGGCAGGAUUCUAAUGUCAGAAAAGCCUUUGCUGAGCGAUGCUUCUCUUUGAUUGAUGAGUACGCGCCAGGCUUCAGCUCAUCGGUGGUAGGCUACGAUAUGCUGACUCCGCCUGAUCUUGAAAGAGAGUUCGGCCUAACAGGGGGAAACAUUUUCCACGGCGCAAUGGGCUUGGAUUCUCUCUUCCUCAUGAGGCCUGCCAAGGGAUGCAUGUCUGCGCUUUGGAGCGCACAGGUCGGAUUACAGAACUCCUGUGAAGGGGCUGUACCUCUGCGGGAGUGGCGCACACCCAGGUGGCGGGGUGAUGGGCGCGCCAGGACGCAACGCCGCCGCCGUUGUUUUGGAGGACCACGUGAAGACAAAGUAGGUGUAGUGUAGCUCGCUGGAAACCAAGAUGGCAUUUUUAUCAUCAGGAGAAAAUCUUUGAUGCCAUGGUGCUGUUUUAGUGCCUUUCUUUUCUUUUCCUUUUUGGAGAAUUAUUGUCGCAAUCCAUAGUCGGAGAACUUAUAUCAUGUGAAGACUCGUGUAACAAAUCCUCACUAACAUUUCUGUCCCUGUCCGGCGGGAAAUUGGAACUGUGGUAAAAUGUGGACCCAUCUCUUUGAA